AUGUCAAUGGACAAGAGAAUUGAAGAUGUUGUGAUGGAUGAGGAGAAGAAGGCUGAGGUGGUGCCUCCGCGACGGGUUGUUUUCGGAGCGACCGUCAAAGAGGUCCACCUCGAGGUGAUCGAAGGACCGAUGUUGGGCAGAAAGCGGACAAGAACAACAGGGCCGCUGGUCGGUGUCGUCCGUAGUAAGAUCCAGGACGAGCCGACACGACCGAAGAAGCCGAGAGUCGUGACGCAGGCGGAGAUGUGGUCGCGCUUCGGGCCACUGGAUCGGUUGAUGGUUGAAGCAGAGAGGGUGACGCCGGAGAUGUUUUGCUGGGCGUACUGCCAGAGUUCGGGUUGCCGAAGUGAGUGUCCGUGUGUCAAGGACGAGGUGUUGUGCUGUUCCAUCUGCCCGUGCACACCUCAGAAUUGCAAAAAUCACGACGUGGCCCGAAUGAUGGCGAAGUGGAAGGCAAGGCAGGAACGACGGAGCAAGAUCAUCGAGGCGAACAAUCAGUGGUCGCGGAUUCCAGUGGCAGUGGAGGAUGCACCAGUGGCAGUGGUUGGCGCCGAGAUGGAGGAUGAUGCGGAGGAAGAUGAGAUGAACAUCUAG